AUGACUAAUGCCUCAGGGCUCCUGGGAACAGCCCGCGGCCCCCUGGUGUCAGCAACCUGGCCACAGCCCAGCCCCCCUCCCGCCAUGCCCACCGUGCCCUCCGCGUCCUCCGUGCCUGGCGGGCCACAGAUGGACCCCAUGGGGAACAGCUCCCAGGGCGCCUCCCGCCUCUUCCUCACCACUGCGUUGGCCCGUGGCGUCUCAGGGGUCUUCGUGUGGACUGCCCUGGUGCUCACCUGCCACCAGAUCUACCUGCACCUGCGCUCCUACACGGUUCCCAACGAGCAGCGCUACAUCAUUCGCCUGCUCCUCAUCGUGCCCAUCUACGCCUUCGACUCCUGGCUCAGCCUCCUCCUCCUGGGGGACCACCAGCACUACAUCUACUUGGACUCAGUGCGUGACUGCUAUGAAGCCUUUGUCAUCUAUAGCUUCCUAAGCCUGUGCUUCCAGUACCUGGGGGGCGAGAGCGCCAUCAUGGCAGAGAUCCGGGGAAAGCCCAUCCGGUCCAGCUGCGUCUAUGGCACCUGCUGCCUGCACGGCAUGUCCUACUCCAUUGGCUUCCUGCGAUUCUGCAAGCAGGCCACACUGCAGUUUUGUAUCGUGAAGCCUGUCAUGGCCUUGGUCACCAUCGUCCUGCAGGCGUUCGGCAAAUACCAUGACGGGGACUUCAACAUCCGCAGCGGCUACCUCUACGUCACCCUCAUCUACAAUGUCUCCGUCAGCCUGGCCCUCUACGCCCUGUUCCUUUUCUACUUCGCCACCAGGGAGCUCCUGCAGCCCUUCGAGCCUGUCCUCAAGUUCUUCACCAUCAAGGCGGUCAUCUUCCUCUCUUUCUGGCAGGGGAUGUUGCUGGCCAUCCUGGAGAAGUGUGGAGUCAUCCCUGAGGUCCAGGUCAUCGACGGGAGCAAGGUUGGGGCUGGCACGCUGGCCGCUGGCUACCAGAAUUUCAUCAUCUGCAUUGAGAUGCUGUUUGCCUCCAUUGCCCUGCGCUAUGCUUUCAGCUGCCAGGUGUAUGCAGAGAAGAAAGAGAACUCACCAGCCCCUGAGGCACCCAUGCACAGCAUCUCCAGCGGCCUCAAAGAGACCAUGAGCCCACAGGACAUUGUGCAGGACGCCGUCCAUAACUUCUCGCCGACCUACCAGCACUACACCCAGCAGGCCACACACGAGGCCCCGAGCCCCAGCGCCCACCCCAGUGCAGCCAAUGGCCCCGGGGGGAUCCGGAAGAGUCGGAACGUGGAGAAGCGGAUGCUGAUCCCCGCGGAGGAGCUGUAG